AUGGAGACGGUGGAUCCCGUCGCGGUCGUUUACGAUUACAAGAAAGACGUGCGGCUCAGCAUCCAGCUGAUUAGUUGGAUAUUGAAGCCGUUCGGCGCCUGGCCGAAAUCGGACGAGAUGUCACACGUCGAGCGAUACGCGUACAAGCUGGUGAACGUCAUUUGCACCAGUCUGAUCGCUUUCGUCUUCGUACCGUCCGCGAUCUAUCUGGUGCUCGAGGUAGACGACGCAUACGGCAUCCUGAAACUCACGGCGCCGCUAAACUUUAACCUGAUGGCCGCCGUGAAGUACUUCGCGUUGAUCUUCCGCGAGAACGACAUCCGCAGCGGCAUCGAGCACAUCGCCAACGACUGGAUGAACACUCGGCAUUACGACGAUCGGACGAUCAUGAUCAGAAACGCGAAAUUCGGCCAACGUCUCGUGAUAAUCUGCACGGUGUUCAUGUACGGCGGUCUCGCGUUCUAUUGUGUCGUGCUGCCGCUCAGCAACGGCAAGGUCACGGAGGACGACGGAAAUCUGACGUAUCGCCCGCUGGCGUAUCCCGUCGCCAGCAUGCUGGGCGACGUGCGACGCAGUCCCAUCAACGAAAUCUUUUUCUGCCUCCAAGCCCUGUCGGACUUCAUAGUGCACUCCAUCACCGCCGGCGCUUAUGUAACGUAUGUUGUUUUAUAUAUAGCUGUUACGUUCAAUAUUUUUAUAUUAUGUUACGUUGGCGAGCUUGUUGCCGAAAAGUAUAAGAAGAUUGGCGAGAUAUCAUACAUGAUCGAUUGGCAUCGCUUAUCAGGAAGAAAAGGCCUCGAUCUCAUCUUAAUAAUUGCUGUGUCCAAUCAAACAUCAAUCAAACUUAGUGCCGGAAAUUUCUUUGAAUUGUCUCUUAGUACUUUCUGCGACGUGGUUAAGACAUCGUUUGGCUACUUAAACAUGCUACGUACAUUAACUGCAUAA